ACCACCAGCGCCACUCGAGGCACAAAAUGGCGUCAGGUCGGCCGUUCGAGAAAGUGACAGUGAAUAUUUUGCACGAGGACGGCUCCAGGACGCUGAAAUAUCCGGAUCCGGUCACUCUAAAGCUAGAAUAUGAUCCCCACGGACUCUCCUGCAAAGUUAGACAAGGUGGUAUGUGCAUGUUGGAGAUCCCCAUCGAGUCCAAAUCAGAAUGUUGUCGUCUGGGAACAAAAUCAUACAUCUUCGCCUCAAAUCACGAGGACCUGCUCUUCACCUUCGCCUCGGAAGCUGACUCAAGAAGGUUCCACACCGUUAUCCUGAAGAUGAGGCAAGGCAAGGAGGUGUCCGUGUUUAAUGAGAGGACGGACGACUCUAGCGCCACACAAUAUUUCCAGUUCUACAGUUACCUGUCACAGCAGCAAAACAUGAUGCAGGACUACAUCAGGACAGGCACGUAUCAGCGCGCCAUCCUGUCCAACAUGAGUGACUUCCGGGACAAGAUAGUGCUGGACGUGGGCGCUGGCUCAGGCAUCCUCUCCUUCUUCGCUGCCCAGGCUGGCGCUCGGAAGGUGUACGCUGUAGAGGCUUCGUCUAUGGCGCAGCACUGUGAGAUGCUGGUGCGUGCCAACAACCUUCAGGACACCAUUCAAGUGAUAGCUGGCAAAAUAGAGGAGAUUGAGCUGCCAGACAUGGUGGACAUGAUCAUCUCCGAGCCAAUGGGAUACAUGCUGUACAACGAGAGGAUGCUGGAGACUUACCUGCAUGCGAAGAAGUGGCUGAACCCCAAUGGCCGCAUGUUUCCCUCCCGCGGCGAUCUGCACGUGGCACCCUUCAACGACGAGGCACUCUACUAUGAACAGCUCAACAAGGCUAACUUCUGGUACCAGAACUGCUUCCAUGGCGUUGACCUGUGCCAGCUGCGAGAACAAGCCCUCAAUGAGUACCUCCGUCAACCCAUCGUGGACACCUUCGACAUCGGCAUCUGUCUGGCCAAGUCCAUCAGAUACUCCCUGGACUUCAUGACGGCAGAGGAGAAGGACUUGCAUCAUUUGGUUAUCCCAUUGGAGUUCCACAUUCUCAAAUCAUGUACGAUGCACGGACUCGCCUUCUGGUUCGACGUGGCGUUCCUUGGAUCGUCACAGACCGUGUGGCUCUCCACCGCCCCAACAGAGCCCCUCACUCAUUGGUACCAGGUGCGUUGUCUGCUGGGGAAGCCGAUCUUUGUGAAGGAGGGGCAGCUUGUGACUGGAGUGGUGGAGCUGGUGGCCAACAGGAGACAGUCGUACAAUGUUAACUUAGAGGUGAGGAUUGAGGGGACCACCACCGUCGCCACCAACUGCCUGGAUCUCAAGAACCCGUACUUUCGCUACACUGGCAUAGCACCCCAGCCUCCCCCCGGCAAUAACACAGUGUCCCCAUCUGAGUCUUACUGGGGCACCGUGGACGCACAGGGAGCCAAGCAAGCAGUGAACAUGGUGAACGGCAUAACAGUGAACGGUCUCGGCGAAGUGGCUCUAGACCAAGGCACCUCCCUCAUCAGUCUGGGUCAAUCUAAUUUGGCUUUAGGAAGCACCAACCUUGGCUCACUCAACCUGCCGUUUCAAAGUGCGGUGUCAAGAACUGUGAGUCUUCCAGUCUCCUCUCCAGGGAACUUCGCCAGCACCUCACAGUCCAUCCGGCAGGUGGGCGGGAGCAGCGGCGUUGGCAUAGGCAGCAGUAACUUCCCGGUGAACAGUGCGCUGAUGAUUGGGGACUAUGUGACUCCCGGCUCCAUCAUCCUGCCCACACAAGGCAUCCAGAUCAACUCCCACUCCAGCCUGGGCAGUGUGGAGUGCACCCAGACACAGUGACCCACGACAGAUAGCCUUGCCGUGUGGCGCAGUGUGUUCUGUCCCUGAGUCGUCUUGUCUCCCAUGCUGGUUUCACUCAGGUGACCCACCAAUCUCUGUUGUCUUCAGCGUCUAUCAGGAAUUGUGCCAGAAAAUUCAAUUCUCACGUCUUGGAUUCUCUGUCUGUCUCUCCAUCUCUCUCUCAGGCAAGCAAACUGUCACCAUCCUCUGGUUUUUGGAUGUCCUCUGUAGUUAUCUCCAUUUCUGACCUUGCAGAAAGCCAUCUCAGUCUAUUUAUCUUCAAAUCACCAGGUCACGGCACACAGGAUGGAGAAAAAAUGAUGAACAGAAGGUGACAAAUCUGUACAACCCUGUGAAGUGUG